AUGACGGCAAAGUUGCUGACCAGUGGGGAAGUGACGAUCGAAUUGCCCAAAACCACAUUUCAAGGUACGGUCCAUUUUGGCGAUCAACAAAUGCCGGUAGAAGGAGAGGUAGGUUGUGAUUUGAGGCGGAUCGAACUCAAGAAUAAACAUGAUAUGUAUGCUUUUUCCUCGAGAGAUAGUUGGUUUCAGUAUUUGGAAAAAAGAGAUGUGGUUUCUGGAUUUAAGAGUAUAGGGAUAGAAAGUAAAUGUGGAAAUAGAAUGUGGAUGAAGGACUUGUACAUCCUUGAAGCUGGAUCUGGAUCUAAAAAUACCCAUGAUUCCUCUGAGACGGAGCGACGAUCGCGAAAGUAUAUGAAUAUCAAAUGGGACGAGAAGACUGGGUCGCUCCACAGGACUUGGACAGAUUACAAAGAUCUCAUAAUCGAAUUUUCAAUCGACAGAGGGACGACCGUCCAGCGUAAGUUGACGAUGAUUGAUCAAGGUGUAUUUUGGAUGUAUAAGGAAGGCGUAGAUGGUAGAUUACAAAGUGUAAGUGCAAAUAUUGGAAAUGAGGAAGAGGCGAGGUUGAUAUCGGAUUUAAACAUGGAGUUGAUAAAUGGCAUUUCGAAGAGAAGAGCGAAUACUCAACCGACGGUCCAUAUCACUGGGAUGAGUUCACUGGAUGAUAGUAACAGUGUUGAUGAGAAUGGAUUGUCAACUCUGAAUAAGAUACUUUCGUACAUCUAUACCGCUACAAAUACGGGUGAUUGA